AUGACGAUUUUAUCGUCCACUAGUCUCUACACCUUGUCCAUCUCCUUCCUCAUCUAUUCAUCCAUUAAAACUACCGCUUGUUCCAGUGAAUGUCACUAUGCGCUUUCCUUCAAAGAUCCAGUCACGCUGGACAUUUCGGGUGAGACUCCUGGGACGAUAAUGGAGGUGGAGGGUGAGGAGUACAACGGCAACCGCAUCUUUUGUACAAGACCCGAAUUUGCCGAGGAAUACAGGAUUGGCGACGUCAUGGACGGUCGGGAGCUCAUUUUUGGAGACAGACUGAGGAAUGACGAACGGGAAGUCUUUACUUAUGUGCAGGAAGACGGGACGACUUACGUCGAAGUCCUCAGCAUUUACAAGGGGGAGAAUGGCGUAAUUCGGGAGAUUGACGAGUUUUUAAGGAGAUUCAACGAUUCUCGUUACAGGAGGCUUAUUAGGGAGCCCGUGGAGCUCGAUGUUACAAACUAUGACCCCUCCUCUGGAAAGAUAAAGAUGGAGGUCUACUCCCGGGGAAGGAGGAUUUACUCGGUAAGAGACACCCUCAAGUACCUGGUUGGAGUGGUACGAUAUGGAAAGCGUGUCAUUGACGAUGUGACCGAAGGAGUAAAGUUCAAGGAGGUCCUGGUCGACGAAAGAAGGGGUUUGACCAUCGAGGUUGCGCGGUUCAUGAAGAAUGGAGAUUUGGUCAAUUUAGAGUAUAAAUUUGUGGGCGAAAACGAGGGGUUCGAGCUGGUCAGCGAAGAAUGUAAUUUGGCCUAUGAAGAGGUUUAA